GGACAAGACAACCGACCGACCAGGGACAAAGUCGUCAUUUACCGCCCAGCUUCCUUAAAGCAUGAGGGGCGAAACAGUAAAUUAAAGUCUCCAACCGGCCACGAACUUUCUACAGCUUUGCUUUGCAAUUGCCAUAGAGAUAGAGAUCAUCGAUAGCCUUACCUGUAACAACAAAUCCUGGCCGUGGUAUUUUUCGCCGUUUUCUCUCGAUCUCCGUCGGAUCCCUUGUCGGGUCGGGGUUUAGGAAUCGUCUCUCGCUUUGUCGCCCAUGGCUUCCAAUCCUCAGCCCUCAGCUAAUAACCCACCCCCAAAACCUUGGGAACAAGCUGGGUCCUCAUCUGGUCCUGCACCUUUUAAGCCCCCCUCUCCAGGUACCACAAGUGAUGUGGUUGAAGCUUCUGGAACAGCAAACCCAGGUGAAAUUGUUCCUGCUACUGAUAAGAAUACAAUUGUAAAUAGAAACACACUAGUGAGGCCUGUACCCUCUAGGCCUUGGGAACAACAGACAUAUGGGGGCAGUUAUGGAGGUUAUGGUUCCGGCUUGAAUUAUAAUUCUGGUUAUGGCUCUGGAAUGGUUGGUUCAUAUGGUGGAUUUGGAGGGUCUUAUGGUGGGGGUUUGUAUGGAAACAACAUGUAUCGGGGAGGUUAUGGUGGCCUUUACGGAGGCUCUGGCUUGUAUGGAGGUGGAAUGUAUGGUGGUGGUCUUGGAGGCCCAAUGGGUGGUUAUGGAAUGAGCAUGGGAGGUCCUCAUGGAAAUCAAGAUCCUAAUAACCCAUUUGGUGCUCCACCAUCUCCACCAGGAUUUUGGGUAUCCUUCCUGCGAGUGAUGGAAGGUGUAGUAAACUUCUUUGGACGCGUUGCAAUUCUGAUAGACCAGAAUACGCAUGCAUUCCAUAUGUUCAUCUCUGCACUGCUUCAGCUUUUUGAUCGUUCGGGAAUGCUAUAUGGAGAGCUAGCUAGGUUUGUGCUGAGACUGCUUGGGAUUCGCACACCUAAGAAGGUUCAGCCGCCUGGAUCUGAUUUACGGCCUGGCCCUCACAACCCGCGGGGGAUGCACAACUACAUUGAAGGACCAAAGCCCGCUCCAAGUGGUGCAUGGGACAGUGUAUGGGGAGAUGAUAACUCUGGUAAUUGAUUGAUUCUGUCAAUGGCACCUGUUGUUUCAUCCAGCCAGAGGAGAGCCCCAUCUGAUUUGGCAGAUAUCAUCUUCAUUAUGUGGUGAUAAUUCAGAUGAAAAUGGUUACCGUUGCGUGUACAGAUUCAAUUUUCCCUGGGAGCGGUACCAAUGCUGCUUGCUUGAUAAUGAUAAGAGAAGCUUGCAAUUGCGCUGAGUCUACAGAGCAUUGUAUGAUAUGUAUGAUGCAAUAGAGGGGAGAGUUUAAUAACCGGAGUUACUUGUAAGAGCUGUUCUGAACUGUUAUUCUUCUUCCUCCUCCUGUAUUCUAGAUAUGGUUUAGGUUUUAUCUUUCAGAGCUGUAAAGCGUACUGGGUGCUUGGAAAUUGGAAAUUCGUAGACAUUUAUUUUCGAUUUA